AUGUCCCAACGACCGUUCAAACUUCUCCGCCUUCCUACCCUGCCUCUUCAAAAUGUUCUUCAAUUUUUAAAUCCAAUCGAGCUAUUCGAAUUAUCUCAAUGCUCCCAAAAAACGAGAUUCAAUAUACCUCUUGCCGGUACGAAAAAGUUCCAUUGUCGCAUCAAUGUUUCAAAUGGAAUCAUUAAUAUUAACGAUUACGUGUUUUGUGUAAAACGUCAACAUUGUAAAACGGGAUCCAAGUUACGAGGAAACCGAAAUUUUAUGGGAAUCAUUGCAGAUGUUGCACAUGAAUUGGAACACGAGAUAAUCAGUUUUUGGAAUAACAUAGAUAUCGGAUUGAAGAAUGUACUGUUUCACGUCACAAAAGUUUUUGACUGCACCAUUAAGUCGUUCGAAUCGCUGUGGACAAUACCAGCAGCGAUCUUCAAUUCAAUUAUUGAUUCUAUAAUCACCCGUCAGUCGGAAAUUGGAAAAUUAGCGAUUGAAGCUCAUUCAUUGACUGAUGAAGAUGCUAUUCCAUAUAACACCAAAUCAGUUUUGAUUUGGCACUCGUAUUGGAUUACUCCAACUCAUUUAAGUGUAAUGAAGAAGUGUACAGUCAUUACCCUUAAACAGUCUACUCUAACUGACGACGAUAUGAAGUGGUUCUUGGAAAGCUGGAAACUAGGAGAAUAUCCAAACCUUGAGUACUUAUCAAUCAAGAGUAACUCACUUAGCAGUAACUUUACGGCAUUCGGACUGCCAUCUCUUCAGAAUCCUGUCGAUCCAAAUGUCUUCUCGAAGGAAAUUCUCGGUGAAAACAGAACAAUAUAUAGAACAAUCGACAUCCAACGAGACGAUGGAGUCGUUGCCAAAAUUCACUUCGACGGCAAAGACGGCACUGUUGAGCUUCUCGUUUGGUAA